CCUGGUUGAGUGAAAAACACGCGCCAUUUGAGAGCAUGGGUAAACGAUUUCCUCCGAUAAAACUCUCUACCACCAAAACCACCCCAAAACCAAACCACCCCAUUUCACCAAGUCCUACACGCAACCAAAGAAAAAAAAAAACCAGACCAAACCAACGAUUCCUCGUGAGCCCCUAACCCCACCCAAAAUUAACUACCUUUUUCUCUCUCUCUAAAACUAACCCCCCCAACUUUCUCUCUCUAAACAUUCUUAUGGCCUCGGAGCAACACGACACCGUUUUCGACCACGACCUUGAAGACGACGACGACGAAUCCUCUCAGUCUCAAGAUGACGAUGACGAUCUCGAAAAUGACGAUGCCAUAAUUGAAGAAAACGACGACGUCCUACCUGACGAAGAAGACGAAGAAGACCUCAACCCAAUUUCUUGUUCUCCUGCGAUUGCCGUUCCGGUCGCGGUUCCUUCCGCUUCCGCUGUCACAAUCGCCGUCCCUAACGGUGUUAGCGACGCGCCUUCUCUUUCCUUAGAGUCCACUCCUGACACGAAACGUCAGCGCGUGGAGUCCACGACGACGACGACGCUUGUUAUUCACCAACAACCGCAAGAAGAGAAAAAACCACAGCCGCAACAAAUGGAUGAAUCGAGACGGUUAUUUCAGCGAUUAUGGACAGACGAGGAUGAAAUCGAGCUUCUUCAAGGGUUUCUUGAUUACACGACGCAAAGAGGAAGCAAUCACCAUGACACCGCUUUAUUUUAUGAUCAAAUCAAGUCAAAGCUACAGCUUGAUUUUAAUAAAAAUCAGCUGGUUGAGAAACUGCGACGCUUGAAAAAGAAGUAUCGUAAUGUUCUUAGCAAAAUUAGCUCUGGUAAGGAUUUUUCUUUUAAAAGUCCUCAUGAUCAAGCUACUUUUGAAAUUUCUCGUAAGAUCUGGAGUUCUACCGGCAAAAUUUGUGUUGAAGAUGCUAAUUUGGAUGAUGACGAUGCUAACCCUAGCCCUAACCCUAAUUUUAAUGAUGCCGAUGUUAAAAUUGAGGAUCAUAAUAAAUCUACUCCUAGGUCAAGGAAACGAUCACGUUCCCGCUCAUCUACUGCUGCUGCUGCUGCUGCCCCCGCUGCUGCUGCUGCUUCUGGUGGUCUUAAGUUUGAGGAUAAGCGAUUGCCCAAUGAUACUGACGUUAGUAAUAAUAUUAAUAAUGUUAACAAUAUUAGCAAUAGUAAUGUGAAUGUGUCGCAUUUGAUUGAGGAGACAGUGAAGAGUUGCUUGUCGCCAUUGUUUAAGGAGUUGUUGAGUAAUGCAUUGGCUUCAGGGCCGUGUGGUGCGAGGGGAAUUGGUGGAUUGGCAAUGAAUGCAAUGCCGUUGAGUUUUGGAGUUGGUGAAAUGAUGGUUGAUGAAAAGUGGAGGAAGCAGCAGGUUUUGGAGUUGGAGGUGUACUCGAAGCGCUUGGAGUUGGUCCAGGAUCAGAUCAGAGCACAAUUGGAGGAGUUGCGGUCCAUGGGUGGAUAAUAGCUGAUGAUGAAAUUUUUGGAGUAAGUUUUAUCUCACAGACAGGAUUUCUUGGUCAUUUGAUGUUAUUUUAGCGGAGUAAAUGCAAAUCCUUUUCUUUUUGUUAUUUCUUUUUCUUUUUCUUUUUCUUUUUGAGGUGCGGGCCCAGAUGGGGAAGGCAGUUGUUACCUUUGAUCUUUUUGGUUCAUUUGAUAUAACAGUUGUUGAAUAAUGAUUUACUAAUUUAUUUAGUAGUGGAUAGUUUGUUCUACCUGUAGAUAUAUAUAUGGCUUGAGGGAUAGAUUGGAAUGACUCUUUUAGAAUAAAGAAACAGUUUUUAUCUCAA